UUUCUCCCUUUGUGCAUUUCGCCAUCGCCAUGGCCAUCAUGCCGCCAUCGCCGUCAACAGAGGCAUCAUCACCUGAUGCAUACUCUGACCAAGAUCUCUCCUGGCUCAAUGCCUUGCCGCAUCAGUCAGCAUUUGCCUCUUCCUCUUCCUCUGGCCCCGCUGGUCACCUCGCCCUUCGUGGGUCAGACGCCCUCGUCGCCCUCGAUGGUCAGCUGCGCAUCUUCAGCUUGAGCUCGCUCAAGCAUGCAAAUGAUAGCCUGGCCUCAGAAUACAAGGUUCUCUCCAAUCCCCUCAUCGCCGAAGCCCUCGCCCAGGAGCAUACACUCGCCCUCAACCCUCUCAAGACGCUCCUCGUCAUCCAAUCUGAAACCUCCCUCGUCCUCAUCAUUCUUCCACGCACGACAUCACUAGCGUCAGACUCGUUGAGCAUUCCAGUCAAGGCACACAAAGUAGGUGCCUUCUAUCACAAUUCCCGCUCGCCUCGCGAGGAGCAAAUUGUUCAAGUCAAAUGGCAUCCAUGGAGCAAGCGAGGGACGUCGCUGCUGGUCCUGUCCAACAAUGGCUGCCUCGAGGAAUACGAUGUAGCUAGGGAUCUUCAUGAGCCCCAGCAAGCGAUCAGGCUACUGCCUCAGGCCUCACAGCCAUCGCCAUCACGAGUGAAAUCAGGUCGCAGCCGUAGCACAAUGUCUCCGAUGCCAGGCGCGAGCCAUCAUCAAGACCUCGAUGCAGAUCCAGCUCAUCAAGCGGCCGCCUUCACCCUCGCCAUAGGGGCAGAGACGUCAACAGCAUGGACGACUCUCACCAUCUACCUGCUCACCACUGCCGGCCAGAUCUUUGCUGCAGCGCCCUUCCUACCGCGGCACGCCCGCCUUCCCUCUUCCUUCCUGCAUAGCCUCGCCGCCUACGCCCAGCUAACCUCAGAGACCAAAUCCGCGGCAUCGAGGCAGCGAGAUGUUGCGCUGCGCUUUGUUUCCCACCUCCUUAAGCAGGCGCGCAGCUAUCAGGCAAGCAAGGCGGCAGAGGAGUCACAGGAUGGCCUGCCGGGUCGCAGAUCGAGAGCUACAACGCCCGCCGACGUGCUGGCAAGAGGCUCAACGCCCGUACUGAGCGGCGGCAUGCAUAAAUCACAGUCGCUCAUGUCAAUCGAUACGCCAGCCGCGACGACCGAUCGCGACUUGAUAGGUGGUGAAGACGACGCGCAGGAGUUCGUCGAGGUACAAUGUCCGGAUCAUGCAGUCGUACCAGGACCAAUUCUGCCUCAAGGUCCGUUUUCACUGCAGCCGGCACCACAGCCAUCAAAUGAACAGGGCGAUCGUCGAGGCAGUGAUCUCGUAUUCCGCAAAAGUAAUGGAGUGGAGCUGCUCUUCAUCAGCAAGACCGACGGCGGAGUGGACAUUGCGGUGCUGAAUGUGGCAGGCAAGAUCGCUCCACGUUGGCAGCUUUCUUCACCGCCUUCACUACUGCAUCGGGGAAGCAGCACGAGGAGCGGAAGGAUGCCGCGGGAGUCAGGCAGUUACAGCACGAGAAGUAGCAGGGACAGUCAAGUCAGGAAGUCUGGACGGUUUGGCCUCGACGACUCCUCAUCCGAGGAGGACGAGACGGAUGAAGAAGAUGCUCUGGACGGGGAGGAGAGCUUCAGCCUUGGUGCCUCGACUUCAACACUCACCUCACCAACUCUCUUCAUCUACGAGUCCCUCUCCCUUGCCCUCCCCGCGAUGUCCCAUUUGCGCAUUACGCUCGAUCCAGUCUACUCGGACACAUUUUAUGUCCACCACGAUUUUGGAGUGCACAUGGCCUGCACCUCAGCAUGGGAUAGGCGCCUCUCAGAGCUAUUGGACACGGAGGAUGCGCAAGGUAUGCAGCGCUUCUUGCACUCGAACGUGCAGAGCGAUCUCAGGUGUAUUGUGAAGAUUCAAGGCGUCACGGAGACGCGAGCGGAAAUGCGACGCGUGAGCUCGGUGGAAGUAAUCGACGACGUCUAUUUAGGCUACUCGAUAAUCGUUAUGAUGGGAGACGGAGAGAGUCUUGGGCUGGAGAUGAGUCUACGCGCCAACGCGCAGGGAAACAGCAGUACAGAAGCCGCAACCCCCGAAGCCGUAUCAUCUCCCACGCAGCGGCAACACUACACCUCCCUCCUCGGCGGCUCGCCCUUCGUCCCUCCGGCCCCCUUCAACGCCAACGACACAGCGGCCACCUUCCCGACUCUUCGCCUCAAAACGUCCGACCCGCAAGCGGCAAAGCGAGAGCUCACUGUCACGCCCGAAUCUCUGCGCCUGUUGGGGACUACGGUGCAGGACCUGCGCGGACAGGUGCGCGAAGUCGUUCAGGGAGGGAAUGCAAUCCAGCGCCGCUUGGAGUUGCAGAUGAAGGAGCUUCAGCGACAAGUGGGGAAGCUGAACGAGAUGCGCGCGCGCAUUGAGCGUCAUCAAGGCGAAGCGGGGCACAAGGAUCGCAUUGAGCGAAUUGCGGCCAACCAGCGCAAGCUCAUCGAGCGGGUGGAUCGAGUACUUCAAGGUACGAUGGAUGCCUCUGACUCUGGUGUCAGUCAGUAUGAGGAGGCUUGGAUGAAAGAAAUGGAAGUCAUGGAGCGCAGCAUGGGAAAAAACGAAAGCGAGGGAUUGAAGGGCAAGGUGAAUAAGCUGCAGGGUCAGCUUGAGUACCUGAAGCCGGAUUUGACGCUACUUGUCGGUAGUGCAAGGGACAAGGCAACUCCUACAGACAAUGGCGGCGGGAAGCUGGGCAUGCGACAGCUCGACAGAAUCCUCACUGCGCUGGGCGUUGAGUCUGAUAAGCUAGUUGAGGCGAAGGAUAAAGUGCACCGCUUGAAUAGGUCGCUACCCAAGGGAGCGACCGAGCAUGCGUUGCGUUAGAGGCAAUGCCAUCAUCUUUCGUGCUUG